AUGUUUGAUAGUUUACAGAAUCAACAACAACAACAUCAACAACAACAACAACAGCAACAACAACAAUUUCAACAAUUCAACAAUAGAUAUGAUGAAAUUAAAAAUGAUGCACUUGUAAAAGUUAAUGAGUUUAAGAAUAUAGGUAUACCUAUAUAUAUCGAUGUGCCUAUUAGAUCGACGAAACCAAGUGCAGAGGAACAAUCGAUAAUCGAUAACAUCGAAGACUAUCUCAAUGGUAGCAACAAGCGAAAGUUGGUCGAGUGGUAUUUGGAUUACAUCGAAACCAACAUCGAUCGAUUCCUCAUCAGUGACUCUGCCUUUAACUUUUCUUGUAUUCCAACAAUGUAUUUAGAUAAUCCACCUUCUUCAAUGACAGAGAUCGAAAGAAAUCUUCUAAUAGUAAGACGUUUCUUAGAUGAUUUAGAAUUUAAUCAACAACAACAAAAAGUACAACAACAACAAGAACAAGUUAAUAACAAUAAUAAUAAUAAACCAAAUCAACAUAAUACAAAAAUAUAUCGUGAAUUAGUUGUACCUGUAAGGUCGGUUGUACAAUCGGCAAUCAAUAAGAGUAAGAGUGAAUUCGAUGUUAUCAUUUGGCAUUGUUUGGCACCGUUUGGUGUUGGACAUCGCUCAAAGUCACGCUCGUCGAAAGAGUUCUACCGGUUGGCGAAAGCCAAGCUUGAGCAGCAGCCUGCUGUCAUACCGAAUGCCCAGAAGCUACAAACGAUCAUCGAUGACCUUCAGCAUCUAGAGUUGAUGGAGACAUACGACGACGAAUUUUUUGUGAUGGAUCACUCGACGGCGUCACCCGAUGAUCCUGUGGUCGGUGUAAUCGGUCUGAUACUCAAUAGAUUGCAUCGUUUGGAGAACGAACUUAAAACCAUACAACACCAUUGGAAUCCAAAUAAAUCUUAUAUCAAUACCCCUCCUUCCACCAUAAGAUAA